ACUUCCGGUUUAUGACUUUUUCCCCGCGAAGGUGAUUUGGCGCGGAAUCUGUUGUUUUGGUCGCCCUGAAAUUCCUUUAAUCAUGGCGCCGGUUUCUAAUCCAGAAAAAGACACCGCGGAUUGCGACGAUGGGACGACGUGUGGUCUCGCCGCAUCCCGGUCCAGACGAGAGAAGAAGGAGAAAGUGGGCCGUAAAUCGGCUUUGGAGCAGAUUAAAAGAGCCAAAAGGGGCGAGAAGGUGAAAUAUGAGGUGGAGGAGAUGGAGAAGGUGUACGAGGAGGUGGAUGAGGAUCAGUACUCUCGGAUGGUGCGGGACAGGCAGGACAACGACUGGAUCGUUGACGAUGAUGGAGCAGGUUAUGUAGAAGAUGGGAGAGAGAUCUUUGAUGAAGACUUGGAGGAUACCAGCUUGGAAAAAAGCUCUAAAAACAAACCUGGUGCUAAAGGAGGAGACAGUAAGAACGCUAAGAAAGCGUCAGUGAGUAAACCCAACAGCAUUAAGAGCAUGUUCAUGAACAGCAACGUCAAAAAACCUGCAGAGAAAAAUGUGGACCUCUCCAAAGAUGAUCUGCUGGGAGAUAUUUUGGAGGAUCUGCACUCUGAGAAACCAGUGCUUCUUACUCCACCACCUGUCAUCACCCUGAAGAAAAAGAGGGCUCUGGGAUCACCUAUGAACCCUUUCUCUGUCACACAUACCCUCAAGGAGUCACCUGCAGCUUCUGCACCGAAGUCCAAGCAUGCUGUGAUUCGACCACCUUCGUCUGACCUCACGUCUAAACCUGCGUCUGAACCUGUUCCCUGCCUCCACCCCCAGAAACCCAAGAUGGAGGAACCAGAGGAAGUGUGCGACUCAUUAGAUUUUGAUGAGGUGGACUUUGAUGAGCCUAUGGAGCUGGGGGCUGAGCAGCAGCAGGAGGAAGCGACAGUUAAAGUGGAGACAGAACCUGAGAUGAAGCCUGCUGUAAGGUUGGAGCCAAAAACUGAACCUGAGGAUGAGGUGUUGAUAUCAGGCAUGGUGGGUGGCUCUUGCUGGGGCAAGAUGGAGGAGGAUGAGGAAUCUCCCGUGGACGUACAGGUGGACUCGAGUCAGCUGCCGAUGGUGGAAGGAGCUGAUGGAGAAACAGUGUUCCGCUUUUAUUGGCUGGAUGCUUUUGAGGAUCAAUUCAACCAGCCAGGUGUGGUUUACCUGUUCGGGAAGGUGUGGAUAGAGUCUGCGAAAGCCCACGUCAGCUGCUGCGUGGCUGUGAAAAACAUCGAGAGAACGAUGUACUUCCUGCCGAGAGAACGUAAAGUAAACCUGGUGACAGGUGAAGUGACGGAUGUUCCUGUGGGAAUAAUGGACGUCUACCAGGAGUUUAACAGCCUCUCUGAAAAAUACAAAAUAAUGAAGUUCAAGUCCAAAAAAGUGGAGAAGAAUUACGCCUUUGAGGUUCCCGACGUUCCGACCCAGUGCGAGUACCUGGAAGUGCGAUAUUCAGCCGAGAUGCCCCAGCUACCAUCCGAUCUAAAAGGUUCCACGUUCUCCCACGUGUUUGGUACAAACACCUCUAGUUUAGAGCACUUCCUUCUCAGCAGGAAGAUACGAGGUCCCUGUUGGCUUGAUGUUAAGACCCCACAGCUGUGCAGUCAGCCGAUGAGCUGGUGUAAAGUGGAGGCCGUUGCUUUGAAAAGUGACCUGAUCUCAGUGGUGAAAGACUUGCCUCCUCCUCCGCUCAUCGUCAUGUCCGUCAGCUUAAAGACGGUUCCCAACCCAAAGACCCACCACAACGAGAUCGUGUCUCUGGCUGCUCUUAUUCAUUACAAGUUUCCUCUGGACAAGGCGCCGCCACGCAUCCCUUAUCAGACCCAUUUCUGUGUGGUGAGCAAGCCCACAGACUGCAUCUACCCCUAUGACUUCAAGGACGCAGUUAAGAAGAAGAAUGGGAUUGUUGAGAUCGCAGCGACAGAACGCACACUUUUGGGCUUCUUCUUAGCCAAGUUGCACAAGAUCGAUCCUGAUGUUUUGGUGGGGCAUGACAUCUUGGGCUUUGACCUGGAAGUGCUGCUGCAGAGAAUCAACACGUGCAAGGUGCCUUUCUGGUCCAAAAUAGGCCGACUGAGGCGAGCCAACAUGCCCAAACUUGGGGGCCGAGGUGGGUUCGCGGAGAAGAGCGCCACCUGUGGUCGACUCGUGUGUGACGUCGAGAUCUCUGCUAAGGAGCUGAUUCGCUGUAAGAGUUACCACCUGACUGAGCUGGCGGCACAGAUCCUAAAGACGGAGCGAGUCGUACCGCCUCCUGAGAACAUCAGGAACUUUUACAGUGACACUCCUCACCUGCUCUACCUGUUGGAAGUCACCUGGAUGGAUGCCAAGCUCAUACUUCAGAUCAUGUGUGAGCUCAACGUGCUUCCUCUGGCGCUUCAAAUCACCAAUAUUGCUGGCAACGUCCUGUCUCGGACGCUGAUGGGCGGCCGCUCGGAGAGGAACGAGUAUCUGCUGCUUCACGCCUUCCAUGAGAAGAACUACAUUGUUCCAGAUAAGCAGUUUAUGAAGAAACAUCAACAUGAGCCUGGCGAGGAAGAUGUAGAUGCAGGGAAGAGCAAGUCUGGGAAGGUGAGGAAGAAGGCUGCGUAUGCUGGAGGUCUGGUGUUGGAACCUAAAAUUGGUUUUUAUGAUAAAUUCAUUCUGCUGCUGGACUUCAACAGUCUGUAUCCAUCCAUCAUCCAGGAGUUUAACAUCUGUUUCACUACAGUUCAGCGAGAGGCGUCCGGCUCACGCAAAAGGAUCCAGCAGGAUGAUGACGCGGAUGAGAUCCCGGAGCUUCCGGACACGGAUCUGGAGAUGGGAGUUCUUCCGAAGGAGAUUCGCAAGCUGGUGGAACGCAGACGGCAGGUCAAACAGCUGAUGAAGCAGCCUGAUCUGAAUCCUGACCUUUACCUACAGUAUGAUAUCAGACAGAAAGCUUUGAAACUCACCGCUAACAGCAUGUACGGGUGUCUGGGCUUCUCCUUCAGUCGCUUCUAUGCCAAACCUCUGGCUGCUCUGGUCACACACAAAGGUAGAGAGAUCCUAAUGCACACCAAAGACUUGGUUCAGAAGAUGAAUCUGGAUGUGAUUUAUGGAGACACAGACUCCCUUAUGAUCAACACCAACAGCUCCAACCUGGACGAGGUCUUCAAACUGGGCAACAAGGUGAAGACUGAGGUGAAUAAACUGUACCGACUGCUGGAACUCGACAUCGAUGGCGUGUUUAAGUCCCUGCUGCUGCUGAAGAAGAAGAAGUACGCCGCCCUGAUGGUGGAGCCACAGGGUGAGGGCCGCUACACCACCAAGCAGGAGCUGAAAGGCCUGGACAUUGUGCGUAGGGACUGGUGCGACCUCGCCAAGGAGAGCGGCAACUACGUGAUUGGUCAGAUUUUGUCAGACCAGAACCGGGACACGAUCCUUGAGAACAUCCAGCAGCAUCUGAUCGAGGUUGGGGAGAAGGUGGCCAAUGGCAGCGUCCCUCUCAGCAUGUUUGAGAUCCACAAGGCCUUGACGAAGGACCCUCAGGACUACCCGGAUAAGAAGAGUCUCCCUCACGUGCACGUGGCCCUGUGGAUCAACUCUCAAGGAGGACGGAAGGUCAAAGCGGGAGACACCGUGUCCUACGUCAUCUGUCAGGACGGCUCGAAUUUAGCAGCCACUCAAAGGGCGUACGCUCCAGAGCAGCUCCAGAAGCAGCCAGGUCUGAACCUGGACACACAGUACUAUCUCUCACAGCAGGUCCAUCCUGUGGUGGGGCGAAUCUGUGAGCCCAUCGAGGGGAUCGAUGCCGUUCUGAUCGCCACGUGGCUGGGCCUGGACCCGGGGCAGUUUCGGGCCCAGCAGAGGCAGCAGCGAGAGGAGGAGGCGGACGGUUUCCUGGGCGUCCCGGCUCAGCUGACGGACGAGGAACGGUACCGUGAUUGCGAGAGGUUCUCCUUCACCUGUCCCGAGUGCAGCACGGAGAACAUCUACGACAGCGUGUUUGAGGGAGCGGGGAGUGUGAUGGAACCGAGUCUGAAAAGCUGCUGUCAUGUUUCCUGUAACACAAGCCCUUUAAAUCACUUUAUUCAGAUCAGCAACAAACUGCUACUGGACAUCCGGAGACACGUCCGCAAAUACUACAGCGGAUGGCUGGUGUGUGAGGACCAGGCGUGUGGAAAUCGGACCCGGCGUCUCCCCGUUGCAUUCUCCCGUUCAGGACCCAUCUGUCCCGUCUGCUUCAAGUCCACUCUCAAACCUGAGUAUUCCGAGAAGGCGCUCUACAACCAGCUGAGCUUCUACAGGUACAUCUUUGAUUGGGAACACGCCACCACGAAAGUACUGCAGGGAGACGAUAAAAUUAAAUUUACACGGAAGAUCUAUAACGAAGACAAAGAAGUGUAUAAGAAGCUGAAGGCGGUGGUGGACCGUGUCCUGGUGUCCAGCAGCUACUCCGAGAUCAACCUCGCCAAACUCUUCCAGGCCUUUACGUCGUUAAAGUAAUGGGGUUUUUUUUUCUUUCAGAUUUUUUUAGACAACCUGUUGCUCUUUUAUGUUACCUAUGUUGCUGGUGGUGGUGAUGAUUGCCUUGUUCAUCAAGAGCUUCGUUGAUUGGCUCCUUGUCUCUCAACGUCUUUCAUCAUGUCCAUUUAGCCCUGUGCCUGGUCUUUAAUCGAUCACAAUUUGUUGCUAAAAUGGACACGAGUGCCUAAAGACUCAUAAAAAACACCAGCAUCCCCAACACCCCCCCACUCCCACUCCUCCUCUUCGUUCCGCCACACACAACGAGGGAACAAUCAGGGGUAAUAACUUCUCUCCACCACCACUGGUCCUUGACAGCGUAGCAAUUAGCCAAUGAUACAGACUCGGCCUGGUGAUUUGAGGAGCUGGGACAGAUUGAGCGCUUGUUUCUGACAUUACCUCUACUUACACUCACAUUUGAGGUUUUCUACUUUUUUCCAUGUUGAUUUGUUUAUUUUUAUUUUUUUUUGAAUGAAUGAACGAAUGAACGUCUCGUCUCAGUUAAAUGUUUUUAUACCGCAAGUUAAAUAAAGUGAUUAA